AUGAAACCUAAACGCGUUAGUAAAUAGAUGUAGAAGUCUUUAUAAGAAAAUAUACUAAUAAAUUUCUUCAGAUAAUAUAUUAAUUCCUUAGAUGAAAAAGUUAAGAUUAAAGUUGAUGCUCCUUGCUGGAUAUAUCUAAUUGAUGUUGAAUUGUUGUUUCAAGAUGCUAAAAUUGCGUUUGAACUAUCAGGCUCAGUUUAUUUCAGAGGCAACAGCUUACAGGUAAGAUAUAAGCCAAAAAGGAAAUUAUGA